CUACACUUUACCUUUUUCCUCUGUAAACGAAUCAACAACCAAAUUUCUUUAUAAUCUUGUCACCAUUUAAAACCUCCUUCUGCCACAUUCACUUCAGCUGAUAACUUGACUCGGUUUCUUUCAUCAGUCCUGACACAAGUAGAUAAAUUCUUCUCUCAAAAGAAGAGAAGUCACUUCAAGAGUUUAGACUUAAAAGACCAUUUACUCUUUUGUUCAUCACAUGAAUGAUACUGCUCCCUUGGUUGUUGUUCUCAGAAGAACCUCUAUUUAUUAGUCUCUUGCUGUUGUACGCUUUCUACAUCCAGAACCAAAGACGGAAGGAGAGCUGAGAUGGAGAGAGAACCCAAUCUAGGUGAAAAUCAAGGAGGAGGUGAAGCUCUUGAGAAAGAAGCUAAUCAGCAACAACAGCAGCAGCAGGAAGUGAUUGAGGUUGAAGACAUUUCAGAUAUGGAAGAUCAGAUGUCCGUAACCUCGAGACCUAAACCCAUUCGGCGUUUUCUCAGUACCAAGGGAAUCCAAAAGGGCUCUCAGACAGCUAUGAGGAAACCGGGGCGAUUCAGGGCAGUGAAACGCAAUUCUCAUGUUCCGUCUUCUGUUAUGGAUAGAGCAGAACAACUUCGAGCCAAUCUUGAUGCUAAGUACCCCAGCUUUGCAAAGUUAAUGCGUCAUUCGUAUGUUGUACAUGGGUUUUUGCUUGUAAGUUUACAUUCCAGUAGUCUCAAAAAAAUAUUUCAUCAAAAUACCAUACGUAUCUGUUGUUUAUCCUAACAUAUUGAACUGUAGGCCUUUCCGUGGGAUUUCUGCAGAGAAUAUAUGCCACAGCAUGGUGAUGUAGUUGUUUUGGAAAAUGAGGCUGGCCAAGUAUUUGAUGCAAAGUUCCUUGGUUCUAAAAUGGGACUUAGUGGUGGCUGGAGAGGAUUUUGUGUGAGCAACAAACUGAGAGAGGGUGAUGCAGCUGUUUUCCAUAUGAUUGGUGCUACAAAAUUCAAGGUUUACAUAGUCAGAGCAACUACUUCAGGAGUUGCUGAAACCCCUAAGCACUCACUUUCAAGGAAAAAGGGCAAAAAACGAGAAGGAGGAGAAGUUAGAGAGAACAAGUAUGCAAGGCAAUAUGAAAAAUCAAGGGGCCAGAAAGGAAAAGAUAGUGAAAAUGAUGCAAGGAAGUGCGGAAGAGCAACUGCAUUUGUUGGUUUUCAAGACUUCAACAUUGUGAUCAAUGGCCGCAAUGUGGACAUAAACAAGCCUGAUGUACUCUUCAAGUACUACCAGCUCUGCAAAGCUCAGAAUUCAUUUCUGCACUCCGGUUUCCUUGAGCCCAUUAGUCCUGAAUCAGCUGUCAGUAUCAUCUCAGAUACAGUUCGAAUUGCAGAUGGCAUCAGAUCGAGUGGCAUUUUCACUCCCAAGAACACUUUUGCUGUUUGGGACAAGGCAUUGGAAGGGUUUGAGAAACUAGGGCUUGAAGUUGGAUUCUUACGCGCUCGCGUGCACAAACUCGCCAAUUUGGCAGAGCAAGCAGAAGACUCUCCACCUGCAAAGAAGCUGAAGGAAGCCAGGGUUGAGUACAAUCUGAUAGCGGAAGAGGUAGAGGCAACCACUUUCGAGUGGUAUCUGAAAAGUGAAGAGCUGAAUGCUCUGGACGCCAGACUCCAGAAAGCGAAACAGGAAGGAAAACAACUCUAUUGUGAGAUGGAGAGCUUGAAUGGGAAGAUCAAGGAGGUUGAGUCAAGGUUCCUGAAAGAAGCUAGAUCUCCAUGGUGGCAAAGAGGAGGAGAAGUUCGCGAAAGAAAUGAUCGAGGAGAACAUGAAAAUUCCAUAGCAUUUGCUGAUUUUCAAGACUUCAAGAUCAUCUUCAAUGGCAUCCUUUUCGACUUUGAGAUACCUGAUGCCAUUAGCUACUUGUCGGCUAUUGAUAUUAUUUCAGAUACUGUUGAAAUUGCAACCGCCAUCAAGUCAAAAGAACCUCUACUUAUUACUCUCUUGCUGUAUUACGCUUCUACAUCCAGAAUCAUAGACGGAAGGAGAGUUGAGAUGGAGAGAGAACCCUAUCUAAGUGGAAAGCAAGGAGGAGCAGAAGCUCUUAGACAAGAAGCUAAUCAUCAGCAACAACAGCACCAAACUGAAGUGUUUGAGAUUGAAAACCUUUCAGAUAUGGAAGACCAAAUGUCCGUAACUUCAAGACCCAAAUCGAUUCGUCCCUUUCGCAGUACUAAGCAGGGAAUACAAAAGGGCUCUCAGACAGCUAUGAAAAAACCGCGGCAAUUCAAGGCGGCGAAACAUAAUUCUCAAGUUCCGUCUUCUGUUAUGGACAGAGCGGAACAACUUCGAGCUAAUCUUGAUGCUAAGUACCCCAGCUUUGCAAAGUUAAUGCGACGUUCGUAUGUUGUACAUGGGUUUUUGCUUGCCUUUCCAACGGAUUUCUGCAGAGAAUACAUGUCACAGCAUGAUGUUGUAGUUGUUUUGGAAAAUGAGGCUGGCAAAGUAUUUGAUGUAAAGUUCCUUGGUCAUAAAAUGGUAAUUAGUGGUGGCUGGAGAGGAUUUUGUGCGAGCAACAAGCUGAGAGAGGGCGAUGCAGCUGUUUUCCAUAUGAUUGGUGCUACGAAAUUCAAGGUCUACAGAGUUAGAGCAACUUCUUCAGGAGUUGCUGAAACCCCUGAACACUCACUUUCAAAGAAAAAGGGCAAAAAGCGCGGAGGAGAAGUUAGGCAGAAAGAGUAUGCAAGGCCAUAUGAAAAAUCAGGUGGCCAGAGAGGACAAUUUAGCAACGAAAAUGAUGCAAGGAAGUGUGGAAAAGCAACUGCAUUUGUUGGUUUUCAAGACUUCAACAUUGUGAUCAAUGGCUGCAGUGUGGACAUAAACAAGCCUGAUGUACUCUUCAAAUACUACCAGCUCUGCAAAGCUCAGAAUUCAUAUCUGCACUCCGGUUUCCUAGAGCCCAUUAGUCCUGUAUCGGCUGUCAGCAUCAUCUCAGAUACAGUUCGAAUUGCUGAUGGCAUCAGAUCGAGUGACAUUUCCACUCCCAAGAACACUUUCGCUCUUUGGGACAAGGUGUUGGAAGGGUUCGAAAUACUAGGGCUUGAAGUUGGAUUCUUACGCGCUCGCGUGCACAAACUCGCCAAUCUGGCUAAGCAAGCAGAAUACUCUCCACCUGCAAAGAAGCUGAAACAAGCCAGAGUUGAGUACAAUCUGAAGGCAGAAGAGGUGGAGGCAACCACUUUCGAGUGGUAUCUGAAAAGUGAAGAGUUGGAUGCUCUGGAUGCCAAAAUCUGGGAAGCGAAACAGGAAGGAAAACAGCUUUAUUGUGAGAUGGAGAGCUUGAGUGGGAAGAUCAAGAAGGUUGAGUCAAGGUUCCUGAAAGAAGCUAAAUCUCCAUGGUGA